AUGGCAAGAACCAAGCAGACCGCCCGUAAAUCCACCGGAGGCAAAGCCCCCAGGAAGCAGCUGGCCACCAAGGCUGCGCGUAAGAGCGCCCCGGCCACCGGCGGCGUGAAGAAGCCUCACCGUUACAGGCCCGGUACCGUGGCUCUGAGAGAGAUCCGUCGCUACCAGAAAUCGACGGAGCUGCUGAUCCGCAAGCUGCCCUUCCAGCGCCUGGUGAGAGAAAUCGCUCAGGACUUCAAGACCGACCUGCGCUUCCAGAGCUCCGCUGUCAUGGCUCUGCAGGAGGCCAGCGAGGCCUACCUGGUCGGCCUGUUUGAGGACACCAACCUUGCCCUGUGUGUGGCUAUGUCUGGACGAGGAAAGGGAGGAAAGGGGCUCGGUAAAGGAGGCGCAAAGCGUCACCGCAAAGUUCUCCGCGAUAACAUCCAGGGAAUUACCAAGCCCGCCAUCCGCCGCCUGGCUCGCCGUGGCGGAGUGAAGCGUAUCUCCGGUCUGAUCUACGAGGAGACCCGCGGCGUGUUGAAGGUUUUCCUGGAGAACGUGAUCCGCGAUGCUGUCACCUACACCGAGCACGCCAAGAGGAAGACCGUCACCGCCAUGGACGUGGUGUAUGCUCUGAAGAGACAGGGCCGCACUCUCUACGGCUUCGGCGGAUAAACUCACUUUCCAACAGCU